GUAGCCAAGACGGGAAUGGUUUUGCUGGCAGGAGAGGUGACGUCUCGUGCUGUUGUUGACUAUCAGAAGGUGGUUCGUGACACCAUAAAACACAUCGGCUAUGACGACUCAUCCAAGGGGUUUGAUUAUAAGACCUGUAAUGUUCUGGUGGCUCUGGAGCAGCAGUCUCCAGACAUCGCCCAGGGUGUUCAUUUGGACCGCAGUGAAGAGGACGUUGGUGCCGGCGACCAGGGUCUGAUGUUCGGUUAUGCCACGGAUGAGACAGAGGAAUGCAUGCCUCUCACUAUUGUGCUCGCACACAAACUUAACGCCAAGAUGGCUGAACUGCGCCGCAGCGGCACCCUGCCCUGGCUCCGGCCCGACUCUAAGACUCAGGUUACUGUGCAGUACAGACCGGAGCGAGGCGCCAUGCUGCCGGUGCGCGUCCACACCAUCGUCAUCUCUGUGCAGCACGAUGAAGACAUCUGCCUUGAUGAGAUGCGUGAUGCACUUAAAGAUAAAAUCAUCAAAGCUGUGGUGCCCUCUGUUUAUCUGGACGACGAUACCAUUUAUCACUUACAGCCGAGUGGACGCUUCGUCAUCGGAGGCCCUCAGGGUGAUGCCGGCCUGACUGGUCGUAAGAUUAUUGUCGAUACCUAUGGAGGCUGGGGAGCCCAUGGUGGAGGAGCUUUCUCUGGAAAGGACUACACGAAAGUGGACCGUUCUGCGGCGUACGCUGCCCGCUGGGUGGCCAAAUCUCUAGUGAAGGCUAGACUCUGCCGGCGAGUUCUUGUGCAGGUAAGCUGGCCACAUAUUUUGCAUUCUGCUGAGAAAGUAUAAAUCUUUGAAUUUGAAGUUCAUACAUGUAUCGCCUUCUCCAGGUUUCUUAUGCCAUCGGAGUGGCUCAUCCUCUUUCCAUUUCUAUCUUCCACUAUGGCACAUCUCAGAAGAGCGAGAAGGAGCUGCUUAAAAUCGUCAAGAAAAACUUUGAUCUUCGUCCAGGAGUCAUUGUGAGGGAGCUGGAGCUGAAGAAGCCAAUUUAUCAGAAGACCGCUGUUUACGGCCACUUCGGCCGUGAAUCUUUCCCUUGGGAAGUGCCCAAAAAGCUGGACUAUUAAACCUUUUGUCAAGGUUGUUCCUCUCUAGACCUGUUGGCGUAUUCUACAUAGAAACACACAUGGUUUACGAAGAGAAGUCUGGGUAUUCUGGUACAAGUCUUGCUGGUCCCAUUUCUCCACUAUAUCGCAUCACCCAUUUCACUUCUUAGUCUUUUUUGAGUUUUAAAC